CUUCCCCGUACGGUGGCGCCGGACUCAAGGACUUGGGAGAUUAGUGGGCACUCCGGGCCGCUGUUGUUGCAGGUGGUCAGAACUCAUAAUGUCAGUCGUUCGUUCAUCCGUCCAUGCCAAGUGGAUCGUGGGAAAGGUGAUUGGGACAGCAAUGCAAAAAACUGCUAAAGUGAGAGUGACCAGGCUGGUUCUGGAUCCCUAUUUAUUAAAGUAUUACAACAAGCGCAAGACCUACUUUGCCCAUGAUGCCCUUCAGCAGUGCACGGUGGGGGAUAUCGUGCUCCUCAGAGCCUUACCUGUGCCACGCUCGAAGCACGUCAAGCAUGAACUUGCGGAGAUUGUUUUCAAGGUCGGAAAGGUCAUCGAUCCCGUGACGGGGAAACCCUGUGCAGGAACCGCGUACCUGGAGAGCCCCAUCCAAUCCGAGGAGCCCCCUCACCUGACCGAACGGCUGGAAGGACUCAGCGUCUCAGCGCAGUAAAGGCAGCGAGAUGCGAAGGCGCCAGAGGAGAGACUGCGACUGCCCGCAGUGCCUCCGUAGCCUGUGCGACUCCUCUCCCUGGUAGUUGUGAAACAGCUCAAAGCAGCGGAAGGAGAGGCUGGUUGUACUUUCGCCUAAAAGUAUUUUCAUGAAGGCUCUGUUUUCUUCUCAGGGACCUGGCAUCGUUCCAUAAGCUCCUGGUUUUAAAAGCUGCAUCGUUUUGUUGUUGUUGAUUUUCAUUUAAGAACCACCUUGGUCUUGCCCAAGAACUUUUCUCUGGAGAGAAGAAAACUGUUGCCGUCAUGAGACCACAUUAAACACGGUUUUUUGGUGAAUUUAAAACAUUCGCUACCCCACCCCGUGGUUUCCUCCAUGGAAAUAAGUCAUCAUGCCCGUGGUCAGAUUGUAUCAGCUGAAGCUGAUCAAAAUUAUUAAAAUGUCAAACGUGGAAACAUU